AUUCAGUGUUGUCUGCUCCGAAGGGGAAGAAGGUCGGGCGCCGGAUAACUGUGCACACACACAACAUCACACACAUUUUUGUUGUUUUUUCUUUUUUUGUUUUUUUGUUUUUUUCUUCUUUUGGCAUCGACUAAUGUAGUAAAACUCAUAGAUGUCUUCACAUUCGUGGCUUCGAUGGAACAUGGAGAGGAGCCAUCGCUCUGUGCCGAGAGCGCAAAAGUGAUUGCUAGAACCCGAUGGAAAUUGCUGGCCAAGGUUCUGCACAAGACGGAAAAGGAAAAUGAUGAAAGCAGUUCGCAUCACCUGGUUGUCCCGACGACGACUACCUCAAGGGAAUUGUACGGCCUGUUCGAGUGGGCCGAAUCCGAGUCGAAAGUCUUUUGGCAAGACAAUUGCGGCCAGUGGUUGCAGUGCCGCUCCUUUAACCACCCGCACUUUUCUCUCAAUGUCAGGUUUCUCAUCAAUCAGUUUUCCAUCGACGAAUUAACAGGGUUCAAUAACACUGGAAAUGUCUGUGUUUGGCCUUCGGAGGAAGUGCUGGCCUAUUACUGUCUGAAGAAUAACUAUGUGUUCAAAGAGAAAGCCGUCCUAGAGCUAGGUGGCGGGAUGACGUGCCUGGCUUCCUUUGCCGUUGCCAAAACCUCUGACGCCAUUCUAGUCGCUUGCACUGACGGCAAUCCAGCUUCCGUAGAAAACGUUAAGCGCAUUAUUGAGCACAAUAAUCUCAGCAGCACCUGCCCAAUAACCGCCCAAGUGUUAGACUGGAAAAACGAAUCGUCCUUUAGAGAAAUGGAAUCCAUGUGGGACGUCAUUCUCUGUGCCGACUGUUUGUUUUUCGACGACGGCCGGGAAGCUUUAGUGGACACUAUGCAACGAAUAACAACGAACAAUGGACUAAUUUUAAUCAUGGCACCGAGACGAGGCCGCACACUAGACGCGUUCCUGGAGCUCUGCCAAGGCAAGUUUGAUAUCUACCUCGACGAAGAAUUUGACGGCGAUGUCACCCUCUCACAUCAAAAGAAGUUGCUUAGUUCAGAUUACAAUUCCGAUCACAACUACCCGCUAUUGGUCCAGUUGAGGAAACGCUGAUCUUUUCUGACGUACUAAACAAAUUUUGAAUCUAGUUUAUUUUGUUUUACUAUUAAUUGGAUUAGUUCCUGUUGAUGCGUGUGUGAUUUGAUCGUCCAAUUGUUUUUCAUAGAAAGCGUGGAUUUAUACUUCCGUUUCGUGUGUUCAAACUAAAAAACAAAAAAAAACGUUGAAUAAAUUUUAAAACAAUUUUAA